CUUCUUCUUCUUCUGUGUGUUUUGUUGUUUUCCCAGGACUUUCGAGCAGGGCUUGGUAUAUGCGAGGUGGAACUCAGUGCUGCCAACAUUAAAGAAGUGGACCGCAGAGGCUUUGAAAUCAACACACCUUUCAAAAAUUUCUGCUUUGUGGCAGACUCGGAACGGGAGAAGGAGGAGUGGUUUGAGGCAAUCAAAGAAUCGAUCGCGGAGACGCUCUACGACUACGAAGUGGCGGAGAAGAUCUGGUUCAACGAGGCCAAUAGGAGUUGUGCCGACUGCGGCGAGUCGCAGCCAGAGUGGGCGUCGGUCAAUCUGGGUGUGGUCAUCUGCAAGAAAUGUGCAGGGCAGCACCGGUCCCUGGGACCAAGUUUGUCGAAGGUGCGGAGCUUAAAGCUGGACAGCAGCAUCUGGAGCAAUGAACUUGUGGAGCUUUUCCUGGAGGUGGGGAACCAGAAUGCUAACAGUUUCUGGGCCGCCAACCUCCCCUUAGAGGAGGAGCUUCACAGCAGGGCCUCGACUGAGCAGCGUGCCACGUUCAUGCGCCGGAAGUACAGAGAAAGGAAGUACAGGAAGGUCCUGGAGGACUUUACUAACCUGGACGAACUCAAUAAGGCACUGUGUGCGGCCGUGGUGUCGUCUGACGUGCUGCAGACCAUGGAGUUGGUGUUCAGCGGGGCGGACGUCAUGUGCGCCACUGGAGAUCCGGUCUACUCCACUCCGUACCUCUUGGCUCAGCGUGCCGGGCAGAAGCUACAGAUGGAGUUCCUGCAUCAGAAUAAGCUAUCUGAUUUCCCAAGGCUGGACCAGUGGUCAGAGAACGCUUUGCUGUCUGACGUGUCCGUCUUCAUGGACGGCUUUCUCUACGUCUCGUCUGGCCCAGCUAAGACGAUGCCGGAUCGGCGUGGACGAGACGACAUGGGACGACGCUGGUGUACAUUGGAGGGCGGCUUCCUGAGUUAUUACGAGAACGAGCGAAGCCCCUCGGCCAUAGGGAGGGUAGACGUCAGCGAAGUGGUCAGCCUGGCCGUCAGUAACUCAGAAACUAUGACUGGAGUCGGGGCUGUGUUUACCGUCGAGCUCUACCUCCGAACGGAGCGAGCCCUGACUGUCGGAGCCGAGACGCAGGAUACGCAGCACGACUGGAUCCAGGCGCUGGCAAAGUGCUUCGUCCCAUCGAAGGUGGAGGGACUGGUGCGGAAACGAAGCGAACUGAUUGGCAGACUCCAGUACAAAGAAGGCCAUGACCUGUAUCACUGGAGGACGGGCUGGUUCAUGCUGGAGGGCUCCGCCCUGCACUUCAGCUCUGGAGAUGAGGCGGGAGAGGAGGAAGUGCUUCAUCUCAAACAACUGCAAGAGCUCACUGUCUCCACACAUGUCGAGGGUGAAGACAAGAUCCAAGUUCUUCUGAUGGUGGAAAGCGGAAGAACAAUUUACAUCCACGGGUUCAACAGGAUGGACUUUUCUCUGUGGCACUCCGCAAUCACGCUGGCCGCCGGCACAGACGGCAGAGCGCUCGGUGACCAGCAGCUGACCAAAAACGGCGUCCCUAUUAUAGUCGACAGCUGCAUUGCUUUUGUCACUCAGUACGGCUUGUGCCAGGAGGGGAUCUACCAGUCUCCGGGAGAUCCUGCCCGGGUGUCCCUCCUCCUGGAGGAGUUCACUCGUGAUGCCCGCAAUGUGAAGCUGAGGAACAAGGAGCAUCAGCUGGAAGACGUAACAGACACCCUGAAGCACUUCUUAUCCCAGUUGGAGGAUGCACUUUUGACCAAGGAGCUCUAUCCUUACUGGGUGUCAGCUCUGGACGAGACGGACGAGAAGCAGAGGGUGAAGAAGUAUUCAACUUUCAUAGAGAGUUUGCCAAAAAUCUACAAGUCGACUCUUCAUGCCUUGCUUCAGCACCUGUACAGGAUUCAGCAGUGCUCCCACCUCAACGGAAUGCCGAGUGAAAAACUGGCCGCCGUCUUCUCCUCCUGCCUGUUCCAGACGCAAGGACAGACUCCGCAGGAAAUGAGCGUGAUUCGUGACCUAAUCAGCAACUACGUUACGCUUUUUAGUGUCAAUGAAGACCAGGUGCAACAGAUGGAGACAGAGAAUAGCUUCAUCACACGCUGGAAUGAAAAGAAGGACACAGCAUUCUGCCCAGCAGGGGAUUUGAUCUUCGAGGUGUAUCUGGAAAAGCGUGAGCCGGAGCAAUGCUGCUUAAUAAAGCUCUCUCCAAGCAUGCGGUCCUGCGAGCUCGCAGAAACUGCGCUGAGUAUGAGAAGCGACACCUUUAAGGCAGAUGACUUGUGGACCACCUUUGAAGUUAUAGAAAAUGGAGAACUAGAGCGACCGCUGCACCACAGCGAAAAGAUUCUUGAGCAGGUGCUGGAGUGGAGCGCCUUGGACUGCCCGAGCUCUGCUUUUCUUGUUAUAAAGAAAUUUGCAGGCGCCAAAAGAAUGGCUGGAGGAAAAGAUCCGAGACAGUUUCUAAAGAGCGACUAUCUGAAGUUCAGCGAUGGAUCCUCCAAAUUGCUCUCGGGUCACAAAUUCCAGGACAAGUACGUUGUACUUCGUUCAGAGAAACUGCUUCUUUACAGGGACAUCAAAAACACUAAAGCGGAGAAAGAGAUUCAGUUGAAGAUGGUAAAAUGUUACCUGGGCCUGAAGAAAAAGCUCAAACCUCCAUGCAACUGGGGUUUCACAGUUUACACAGAUAAACAUCAGUGGCACUUCUGCUGUGACAGGAGGGAGACUCAGAUCAGCUGGGUGGCAGACAUCAUCGCUCUGAAGCACGGGUCUGAUCUCCAGAUGAAUACCAGUGGCUUCAAAGAAACCGCCGAUCUCAAAACAUCCAGAGGAGGCGCUAUAACAGAAACCAGCAAGGUUCCGUCAUACAACCAUACCUUCACCACGCAGUUGACAGACAGGAGGGUUUCUCUUGGAGACGCUGACUUGAGGACACCCAGAGUCUCUGGUCUUCACCUCAAAACCAACACCAUACCCAAAUGUUUAAAGCCCGACUACCUGUCACAGACCCCAGAGGUUCCUCAGCGCAGAACCUCUGUGGACAUCUGCCAGCCUCAAAGGCUGCCACCUCCAGCCGUGCCGAGACACACGAAGCCCAUGCCACUGCCGGUUUUACCUCAAACUGGCAACAAGGCGCCUUGCAAAAAGCCCAUACCAGGCGUUGGGGGAGCUAUGCCCCCUAACUUGCUCAACGAGCUGAACUUGGUCCUCAGCAAGAAUGCUCGCAAGACCACUGAAUGACAAACGUUGAAAAGAAGCUUGGUAGUUGAAAUGCAACUGGUGCAGAGGUUGAAGAGAAGGAAAAAACAAAACAAAAACAUAACUGCAGUUUUAGCUGGAAAGAGCCAGGUUGUUGUUUUUUUUCCCGCGCAUUGCUGUUGAACUUUGAUUCUGAACGCUGAAAGCGGAUGCACAAGGUGGGAGAUGCAGCGGAUGUGGUACUAACCCAAAGCACUACACGGUGUGAUUUAAAACGCUGAUCUUUGAAACUGAGAGAAGUCUAAGGAAUCCUGUCGAGGAUUGCAAAUCAAAAGUUAGCUUGAACAUUUCCACCUUUACUUUAAUGCCUGAAACGUUUCUUUAAAGAAGCUUGUUUUUAAUUGUACAGUAGUGGUACAAAGUAUUUAAGAGCAUUUUUAGGACUUUUUUUUUAUUGACAAUUCUACUGGUCAACAUGUAUUUUGUAAGUUUGUGUAUAUAUAAUACAUAGUGCUUCUUAUAUUUUAAUUUAAGCACCACUUUUAAAUGUUCCUUGUGCAUGGCUGCAUAUAUAAAAUUCUAAAAGUUGGAACUUUUAAUAGAUUCUUAUUUUUAUAAACGCGAUGCAACACGUCUGGCAGAAGGGGAAGACUUAACGCACCACGUGUAUUUAUAUUUCAUAGGUGACUUUUAUGUAAUAACCUUUAACUAUACAAGUGGAGGUGUUUUAAGCUUAUAAUUAAGUGGCAAACCACUUUAAACUGUCUGCCCUCAAAUGUAUUUUUAAUGUACAGCAUGAAUAUAUUAAUAAACUCUGAAAAAUGCUU